GCAACGGUCUUAUAAGGCUGCGCAUGGGUAAAGGCCGCAGUUCGCGAUACGCGCUAGCGCUUCGUACGCACACGAUUUAGUUUAGGAACCCAUCGGCAGCACCGACAACAUGCUGCGUUUGUCAACAUUUUGCACGCUACUGGCGAUAGCAGUUGCCCAAACUGGAUACGACUACAGCAAACCUAACACCCCAUUCGGGCCUGGAACGUCGCCAAAGCAACCUGGAUUCCCUUCAGGACCUUCUGGACCAUCCACUGGAUACCCAAGCUCAACCCCGUCAUACAACAGCCAACAAAAUGACUAUUCAACCCCUGGAUACCCCACGGGUCCCGCUAAUAACCCUGGAUCUACCCCUGGAUAUCCCUCGGGCCCAUCAGGUCCUUCGGGGCCAUCUGGCCCCACAAACCAAGGAUACCCUUCAGCAGGGCAACGACCUCAGAAUGGAUUCCCUGGAUCAUCUUUCCCAGGCACUGCUCCAAGUGGACCUACGUCUGGGAACUACCAAGGACAGGGUGCACCAAAUUAUCCUAGCUCGAACCAAGGGCAGAAUUAUCCUGGCUCAAAUCAAGGACAAAAUUAUCCUGGACAAGGCCCAUCUGCUCCUGGACAGGGACAAAAUCAAAAUUAUCCUAGCCAGGGGCAAAAUAGUCCAAGUCAAGGCCAAAACCUAAAUUAUCCGGGACAAACUGGCCAAGGUCAACCUGGAUUCGGACCAAGCUCACCAAGUGGUCCAGGAUUUGGACCCGGUGGCCCCGAUUUUGGCCCCGGUACCUCCGGAUUUAGUGACAAUUCCGGUAAUUAUGAAGGAGGUGAUUAUUCUGCCAUCCCCGGACAACCAGAUAUUGACUACCCAAUCCUCACUGAAAUUCCUCAAACGUCCUUCAGAUGCGAUGCUCAGCCUUAUCCCGGAUAUUAUGCAGAUGUCGAAACACGUUGUCAGGUAUUCCACGUUUGCGCCAAUAAUAGAACAUAUGACUUCCUAUGUCCCAAUGGAACAAUUUUCUCCCAGCAAGUCUUCGUUUGCGUUUGGUGGAACCAAUUCGACUGCAACUCAGCUCCUGGGCUAUAUGACUUAAACGCCAAUCUCUAUGACUAUUCGAUUACUGGAUCACAAGGAGGAGCAAAUUCUGGAUUUAACGACUACGCGCAGGGUAAUCAAGGGUCUUCGUACCCUGGACCACAGGGUCCGUCAUAUUCUAGUGGAACUCAAUUACAAGGUCCAGGAGGGCGCCCAUCAGGAAAUAGUCCAUUUGGUUCUAACCCACAAGGACAAUCAGGAUCGUAUCCUGGUAGUUUAGGACCUCAAGGACCAUCUAGCUCAUACCCCGGCAGUUCAGGUCCACAAGGACCUUCUAAUUCUUACCCAGGCAGCUCCGGACCCCAGGGUCCAUCGAAUUCUUACCCAGGAAACUCCGGACCCCAAGGCCCAUCUGGUUCAUAUCCAAGCAGUACUAGCCCUCAAAGGCCGUCGUCUUCAUACCCUGGAUCUUCAAGCCAAGGACCUACAUCAUCCUAUCCCGGUUCAGGAAGUCAAUCGUUUCCAGGAUCAGGUCCACAAGGCCCAGGAUCACCAACCCAAGGCUUUCCUGGAUCAGGUCCUCAAUCAGCUAAUUACCAAGGAAGCAGCCAAGGUUAUCCAUCAGGAAAACCGAACGGCCCCAGCUUCCCCACUGGAGGAAGACCAGGGCCCCAAAAUGAUUCUGGAUUCCCAGUGUCCCAACCAAACAGAGAGUACUUACCACCAAGAAAUUAAACUGAAAUUGACCUGUCCCUAUCACGAUCAGUAUUCAAGACUUAUAUGAUAAGCUAGACCUAAGUUAUUUGCCAAAAUUGAGACGCCAGUGUGGGCAUUAUGUUAACAAAUGAAAUUGUUGGUGCUGUUUAUUUUAUUAUUUUUAUACUGUAAUUGAUACAUGUUAGCUUGUAGAUACUAUGUCCUACUGCUGGGCAAACAGCUGCAGACUAAUAAUAUUGAUAUAGGUACUUUAUUUUUAAGUUCCACUACAAAAGAUAUUUGCUUUAUAGGUAUUAAUAAACUGUUCCCUUUAGAUUGUCAUAAAACAUUUAUGUUGAGAAGCUAAUAGGUAUUACUGGUACCUACGUAUCAUAAUUUAUACACAGCGUAUUUUUUUAUUCACUUCACAUUUUUUUUACAAUAUACUUACUUAGUACAUGGAAUAAAUAAAAUCAAAUAAUUUUUAUGUAAUACAAUAUUCACAUAAUAGUUUCGAACAAGCCUAUUUAGCUGUAAUAAAAUAACUUAAAUUUUUUUUUUACCAUAUUUUCAAAUCGAUUUUUGUCGAUAUCCUUUGGAUAUCGACUCAGUUUUAUCAUCAGUUGCAGACAAAACUUGUGUAGUGUAAAAAAUUACUAUAAAUUAUGAUACUUUUUUGUAACUGGUAAGUUAUUUUCUCAUGAAAAUCCUUUAUAUUUUAAUGAUAAAAUUAUAUAGUAACUAAAGUUACCAAAUCUAGUGAGUGUUUUAGGAACAGUGCCUGUGUAAUAUACUUACAUCUGAAUCCUAAUAGAAAAUUGAAUAUUCUACUAACUUAAGAAUAUUUUGUGUUCUAAAAACAAAAUGUAAAUACACGACUUUGAUAAAUAAAUGAAAAUAAUUCUUGUA